UUCUUUUUCGACCAGAGUUAAAACUAGCGAACGCACCCAUCUCCCGUCAAAUCGUAAUGGCGAACCGUUUUCUUGUUUGCGACGGCGAGGACGAUAUGCUGUGUUGACGCCGCGGUACCUCUUUUCAACAAUUUACAGUGCUCGGAUUUUCUUGAAGCAAGUUCAGCCUGAACAUGGCGUCAAGAAAGAAAGCCGUGGACAGUCGACGUAGUACGGCUGCCCAAUUUUUCAUGGAUGAAGAGCAGCAGCUAGCGGACCAAAAAUCAACUCAUGAUCGGGUGGUGGAGCUCAUCAACCAGGCAGCCGUGCUCCAGAAUUUGAAGGAUCACCAGAAGGUGACAAACCUCCGCCAAGUCCAGGAGCUGAUUGUCUUCAAGGAACCCAACCUCCUCGACAACUUUCUCGAUGAAAUGCUGGCAUUUCAGAAUGACCGGUCGCAGGAGAUUCGCAAGUUUGUGGUGGGAUUUAUCGAGGAAGCCUGCAAGAAGGACCCGGACGUGUUCCCCAAGGUGCUGGCGAACCUGCGCAUGAUGUUCCGGGACGAGGCGGUUGCGGUGCAGAAGCGGGUGAUCCAGGCAGCGACGCAGCUGUACCGGGUGGCCCUGCGCUGGAUCUGCCAGUCCCGGGGGGUCGACGACCUCAUGGAGACCUCCUGGGAGUAUGUGCGCAACCUCAAGGACGACGUCGUGGCCCUGCUCGACUCGGAGAACGACGGGGUUCGCACUCACACGAUCAAGUUUAUGGAGAUGCUGGUGAUACUCCAGACCUACCCGGACGGAGACAGCCCCAACAAGUCUGAGAACGACUUUGCGCUGGACGACGUCCCGCUGUCGCUGAAGUUCAUCAAGCCACGGAAGUUGGAGGAAGAGGCCAAGAAAGUUUUUGAUGCGCUCGUCGUGUUCCACGGCACGUCACACAUCUCGAGCAUCAACCUGAUGGCCUGCAUGCAGACGCUUGUGAACAUUGCCAAACACAGAGCAGAGUUCAUGUCUAGGGUCAUCCAAGCACUGGAGUCGCUUCACGCCAACCUACCUCCGACCCUGGCAAAGUCUCAAGUGAGCAGCGUGCGAAAGCACCUGAAGCUGCAACUGCUCAUCCUGAUGAAGCACCCUGCUGCUGUCGACUUCCACGGACAAAUCAGCACGCUCCUCACUGAUCUGGGAGCCACCCCUCAGGAGAUUGCCAAGUGCAUGCCCAAGCCGGAGGAGCUGAAGAAGCGGGCGCGGCUCAUCGAGGAGAGCACCAGUGUGGCCAGCGGCGCCGCACCGCCUAGUGUAAAGCGAAUCAAGCUGGAGACUGAGGAGGAGGAAGAAGAGGAGGAGGAGGAAGAGAAGGAGGAAGGGGACGACAGCGCCAUUUCCAAGGCAGCCACUAACACAGCCAUCGACAUCACGGCCCAAGACCUCGUCUCGAGGCUCACCACUGUGAACGUCACGGACAUUGUUCUAGUCAGCAUGCUCUCGCUGCCUGAGACGAUGCCCGCCCACUUUCAAGCAUCGUACACUCCGAUCGCUGUGGCCGGCACCGAGACCCAGAUCAAGCACUUGGCUAGGCUCAUCUCGACCCAAAUGACCGCUGCCGGGCUUGGCAAGGGCGUCGAAGAGAUGAUGGUCAAGGCCAAGGAACAACAAGAAGAGGAGAAGAAAGUCGAAGAGACUUCUCAGCCAAAGCAGACAAUCCAGACUUUGCUCGGCGGUACAACUGACACCGGUAAGAAAAAAGAGGCCAAGAACACCGUCUUGAUCCCGACGGGCUUCGAGCAAAGCAACAAGGGACGUCGAUUUCGGCAACUCAACUUGGCGGACAUCACGCGGCCACUUAACGAGGAUGAGACCGCGCAGAUGCUCGUUUCUGCCGUCCGUCGAAUCCUCAAGGCGGGGCGGGCUCAUUCCUCGGGCAUCUCACCGGUUCAAGUCAAGAUUCUUGCAGGACUGGCGACGCAAUUUGGAGGCGAGAUCAGUGCCAUGCUGAAGGACUACAUCCUGGAGGACCUGCGCCUGCAUGCGGACAUUGCCCUGGCCUGGCUGUACGAGGAGUACGCCCAGCUGCAGGGCUUUCAGCAGGGUGGUGCCGCGCCGCCCAUGGAUAAGCUGGCCGGCAGCGAGUCGUACGUUCACUGCCUCAACGGCCUGCUGAAGGACGUGCUGCACAAGUGCGAGCCGAGGGAGCGGGACGCAUUGUUUGGAAGGUUCUUCUUGGAGAUCCCUUCGAUCACUUCGGAUGCCCUCAUCAUUCUCAAGCAGUACUGCCAAAACGAGUCCACGGUUUCCAACGGCCUGGCGAUCCUGCGAGCCCUGGUGGACUACCGACCCCCGGGCCAGAUGGAGUACCUGCAGAAGCUGCUGGAGCUCACUGUGGCGCAGAACCAGGAGGUGCGCCUCCAGUCGGCCAAGCACGCCAAGCAGCUGCACGAGCGGGGCAACUUCCGGCCCAUCAUCGAGGACUUUGCCCUGAUGUACCUCCGUUUCCUGUUGGAGCCGGUACCUCCGCAGCACUUGUUUCAUAACAGUUUGGCGUGGUCAGAGGACCAUACCAAGAUUUGCAUGCAGCUGUACAUAUCACUCCUGCCCGUCAACCACAAGCUCAUUCACGAACUGGCCGUGGUCUACGUUGGGGCCAUCGCGGAGAUCAAGCGGACCAUUCUACGGGGGCUGGAAGGACCGGUGAAGGGAAUGGGCAUGUCGUCCCCCGAACUUCUGCUGCUGGUCGAAAACUGCCCCAAGGGAGCAGAGACGCUCGUCACACGGAUCAUCCACAUCCUCACCGACAAGACGCCUCCUUCGGCGGAGCUGGUGGCCCGGGUGCGAGACCUGUACCACAAGCGCGUCUCGGACGUGCGCUUCCUCAUUCCGGUGCUCAACGGGCUGUCAAAGAAAGAGGUGAUAGCCGCCCUUCCCAAACUCAUCAAGCUGAAUCCCAUUGUGGUCAAGGAGGUGUUCAAUCGUCUGUUGGGCAGCCACGUCGAAUCCACGGCCAACUUCACAAGCCCCGUGACGCCGGCGGAGCUGUUGGUGGCCCUGCACAAUAUCGACCCUUCCAAGUGCGAUGUCAAGACCGUCAUCAAAGCGACGUCGCUGUGCUUUGCGGAGAAGCACGUGUACACCCAGGAAGUGCUGGCAGUGGUGAUGCAGCAGCUGAUGGAGCAGAGCCCCCUGCCCACCCUGCUCAUGCGCACGGUCAUUCAGUCCCUCAGCCUCUACCCACGCCUCAUCCUCUUUGUCAUCAACAUCCUGCAGCGCCUCAUCCAGAAGCAGGUCUGGAAGCAGAAGAAGGUGUGGGAGGGCUUCAUCAAGUGCUGCCAGCGCACCAAGCCCCAGUCGCUGCAGGUGCUGCUUCAGCUGCCUGCCGAGCAGCUGCAGAACGUCUUCCAGGUCAGCCCCGACCUGCAGCAGCCCCUGGUGCAGCACGUUUCCGCCUUCACGGACCAUCAGAAGGCCCACAUACCAAACUCCAUCCUCGAGCUCCUGCAUCUGGGCGGCAGGCCGGACGCCGAGGGCGACGCCGUGAAGUCUAAAUCUUUGGACAAAGAUGCCGUGAGUAUUUGUCGCUCGUUUCGCACUUGGGCUUGCUUUAAAUGCAUCUUAUUAAUAGGUCACUUGGGGUUUUUCAAUCCUCACCGAGAUAUAUCGAUGACGUGACAUUGUCACGUGACCAUUUGACAUCAUCCCAAGGGCUCUCUGAAAGCGUGGCACUUAUAAGUCCUCCGUGACGUCGAGUCACGUGGUCAUGUGACAUUAGGUCACGUCGUGACUCGAGAUCCCGCUUUAAGUAACGAGGGUACUUCUUUCUUCUCUUCUUAAACUCUCUAGAAACGCAGAGCAGAGCGCAUUGUAAGUAAAUGAAAGUCGCUAAUAUAUGUGUGGUUUGUUACUGUGUUAUCUUAAUAAUCUCUCUGACCUUUUUACUAAUCCUCCUUUCCGGUCAAGUAUAGAAAAAAAUGGCCACUUUCACAUCGAGUUGAAUCGUUUUCGGCCUAAUUUAGCUUUUACUCAAAUCCUAGUGUUUGUUAAUGUAACGAUCCUUGUCAUGGUCUUUGCGUUUAAUAGCUUUAUGCAUCUUUUGAAACCAGUUCAGCUUGGUGCAAUCUGUGUGUGCAAGUGAAAAUUUGUUCCUCUUUUUUUGGCAGUGCUUUGGAUUGAAACCUUUGUGCAUGGGCAUUUUUUUACCUUGUCUCCACAUUCUGCAUGGCCGCAUGUUUUAAAAGCCCUUUUUGCAUCCCAGUCACAAAGUGCAUCCUAAAUAGCUAACAUUGUUUUGUCUCCCACAUAACUCAGCAGCUUUUGUCGCAUAAAACGAUUGUCGGUCUGCUGAGCCCACUACCAUGACACUAACAAGUGGCUGCAGGCAUGCUUAAGGAUGAGCGUUUCAUUUUUAACGAGCUUGAACACGAAUGGCUUUGCUUACCUUGACCUCGUCCGACCCUCAAAACCUUUUC